AUGCAGCAGUUGCAUCCUACCGACGAAGAGCCCAUUACAAACAAGCGUAAAUACUUGGCAGACGACCGGAGCGACUCGGGCAAGGAUUUGAAAAAAGCCAAGUUGGAAACUAAAGCACUGAAAGCGAAACGUCCCGGAUUUACCGACGAAAGAUACAACGAGACGUCGUACUAUAUUGAAAACGGUUUGAGAAAAGUUUACCCAUACUAUUUUACAUUCACUACGUUCACCAAGGGCAGAUGGGUAAAUCAAAAUAUACUGGACGUGUUCGCCAGGGAGUUCAGAGCGCAUCCAGCUGAAGAAUACGAACGUUGCAUUAAAUCCGGUUCGUUGACCGUAAAUUAUCAAAAAGUGGACACUCAAUACAAGUUGAAACACAAUGAUCUGCUGGCUAACGUGGUACACAGACAUGAAGUACCGGUGACCAACGAUCCAAUCACGAUCGUGCACAUGGACGACGACAUCGUGGUAGUCAACAAACCCGCAAGCAUUCCGGUUCAUCCGUGCGGUCGUUAUCGGCACAACACUGUGGUGUUCGUGUUGGCCAAGGAGCACAACCUGAGGAAUCUCAGGACCAUUCACCGUCUGGACCGGUUGACCAGCGGUCUGCUCAUGUUCGGCCGGACUCCCAGGUACGCCCGCAUCAUGGAGGCACAAAUCCGCAACAGACAGGUGAACAAACAGUACGUGUGCAGAGUCGAGGGGAGAUUUCCCGAGCAAACAAUCGAGUGCAAUCAUCCUAUUGAAGUGGUCAGCUACAAGAUAGGCGUGUGCAAGGUAUCCAACAAGGGCAAAAACUGUUCGACGACAUUCCAAUUAGUGGGCUACAACGAGAAGACCAACAUCAGUGUGGUAUUGUGCUUCCCACACUCGGGACGCAUGCACCAGAUCAGGGUACACCUUCAAUACUUAGGCUUUCCUGUGAAGAACGACCCACUGUACAAUCACGUGGUGUUCGGGCCAGAAAAAGGCCGCGGUGGCGUCAUCGGCAAGUCAGACGAGCAACUGAUUCACGAUUUGAUAAACAUCCACAACGCCGAAAACUGGUUGGGCAUGGACGGCGACUCGGAACUAAUGCCGAUAUUGAAAGAUGUGGACGUCGUCGACGAAGGAAAAAAAUCACCACCGGGUUUCAAAAAGAACGAAUCGGUGGUGGAACAACAUCAGCACCAGUUGCAAAUAAAGGGCAGACAUACCAAUCAGCUUCAGUUGCAGUACGACAGUGCAAUGAACGUGUCCACGCAGACAGGACAAGACGUGCCGGACAUGGAUUUCGACGCCGAGAAGCUCACCCACGACCCACAUUGCUACGAGUGCCGGGUGAAGUUCAGGGACCCGAAACCAAAAGACCUCAUCAUGUACUUGCAUGCUUGGAAGUACAGCGGGCCUGGAUGGAGUUAUGAAACAGACCUUCCAGUAUGGGCCAACGUCGAAUGGAAGGAACCGGAAUAA